CACUUCGCAAGUGAAACAAACAACUCUUAGAAAAAAAUAAACUAAAGCUUCUCUCGCUUCUCUCUUGUGGUAAGAAAACAGAGCAAGUAGAGAUCUCUUUGUGUUCUUCUUGGUAUCACAAAAGAGCAAGAUGUCUAUAAGAAGAAUCUACCGAUGUUUGAACUCUCUAAUCAAAAGAUCAUGUGCUCAAUCGUUAUGAUCAUAUGUCCCCUUUCACACUUUGUUUCAACUCUCAGUUUUUCAAUUUUUUUUUUCUCUUUGUUCCAUAUAUCACUUGGGAACAACCGCUUCGAACGCGAUCAAAAUAAUCACAAAAAUCAAGAACUCAAGAUGGUGCGAACACCAUGUUGCAAAGCUGAACUAGGGUUGAAGAAGGGAGCAUGGACUCCAGAGGAAGAUCAGAAGCUUGUCUCCUACGUCAACCGUCACGGUGAAGGUGGAUGGCGAACUCUCCCCGAAAAAGCUGGACUCAAGAGAUGUGGCAAAAGCUGCAGACUGAGAUGGGCCAAUUAUCUAAGACCUGACAUCAAAAGAGGAGAGUUCACUGAAGAUGAAGAACGUUCUAUCAUCUCUCUCCAUGCCCUUCAUGGCAACAAAUGGGCUGCAAUAGCUCGUGGAUUACCAGGAAGAACCGAUAACGAAAUCAAGAACCACUGGAACACUCAUAUCAAAAAACUUUUGAUCAAAAAAGGUGUCGAUCCGGUUACACACAAGAGCCUGAUCUCCGACAAAUCAGAAAACCUCCCGGAGAUUCCAGAGAAACAAAACGUUAUUCAAGAAAUUAUAACGAGUGGUGAUAAUCUUGAUAAAGAGGAGGUGAAGAAUGACAACAAGAAGUCUGGACUCUCAUCGGCCAGGUUCUUGAACAGAGUAGCUAAUAGGUUCGGUAAGAGAAUCAAUCAAAGUGUUUUGUCUGAGAUUAUCGGAAGUGGUGGCCCACUUACUAGUACCACUACAAGUCACACAACUACUACUACAAGUGUCACCAUUAACUCCGAAUCAGAUAAGUCAAUUAGCUCUUCCUUCACACCAACCUCAUCAGAUCUUCUAUGCCAGAUGACCGUUAACGGUAACGCUACAUCGUCUCCGUCCACAUUCUCUGAUGCAUCCGUUAAUGAUAGUUUAAUGUACUGUGAUAAUGAGGAUAAUCUCGGAUUCUCAAAUUUUCUGAAUGAUGAAGAUUUCAUGAUGUUCGGAGAGUCUUGUGUUGACAACACUGAGUUCAUGAAAGAACUUACGAGCUUUCUUCAGGAGGAUGUGAGUGACGACGUCCAGGUGAUGCCCGUCAAUGAACAUAAAGACAAUAUUGAAGAGACUGAUAACUAUUUUGCAUGAGUGAAUCUUCUGAUGAAUCCUACAUGCAUGAUCAUUUCAAUAUGAUCUUGUUUAUAUCAUGUCGAUGGAUAUGUUAGGCUGAUGAUCAUGAUAAUAAUGAAUAUGAUAAUAAUGAAUAAUGAUAAUGAUGAUGAUGAACCAUGCAUGCAGCUUGUACUGUGAUAUAUGAAUGUAUUUUUCGUGUUUAUUUUUUACUCUUUUGUACGUUUAACCUCAAGUGUGUUUCCUAUGAAGUUAUGGUAAUGUAAUAAAAGGUUUAAGGAGUGUAUUAUACUUGACUAUUUUUAU